UCGAGACGUUACAUGUGACCCUGUAUUUGUAGGUUAUAUUACAUAGCACCAUUCAAAAACUUACAGCUAUACCGAGACCAACAAUUCCCAAUUUAAUAGUUUCGAGAUGUUAAAUGUCGCGGGAAGACGAAUACCGUAUCUGAUGGGUAUAAAUUUAGCGUUUUGGCAGUAUGAUAUACCCGAUAAAGCGACAAAUACUGCCAAAUCGUUUCAAACGGAGGCGAACGAAAAUGAAACCGGCUGGGAUAGGUUAAGAAAUAUGUACAGCCUCGACGAGUAUGGAAACAGAAGUCCUGAACUAAACUUCGCGGCAACAGCAACAUAUUUUGGAACAUUUGUCGGACUCGUGUACGGAGGCUCACUCAAUGCACGAAUGGCAUAUAUAAAUUUCAUCGAGAGAAAUCAGGCGACAGCAUUCACAAACAUGUUUGAGGCAAAAAGAAAAUUGCAAGAUGCUGUUACAAUCGGUUUUGGCAAGGGCGCUUAUCACUGGGCAUGGAGAAUCGCCUUGGUCACUGGAUCUUUUGUAUUGCUGACAACGUCCGUCGCAGUUUAUCGUGGCAAGUCAUCCUUAUUAGAGUAUGUAACUGCGGGUACUAUAACUGGAGGGAUGUAUAAAACAAUGUUGGGUCCUAGAGCAAUGCUUGUUGGCGGAGCUGUGGGAGGAGUUUUCGGUGGUGUAACUGGUGCAUUGACUCUAGCGUUGUUAAAACUGAGUGGUACGACAAUGGAGGAAAUGCGAUACUGGCAAUACAAUUGGAAGGAAAAUAAAGAGAAGCCAUUUAAGAAUGCUGUGACACAGGCUAUCCAGCAGCCAACAGAAAUGGAAAUACUUCAUGACAAAAGAGUGGAAAAUCUGAAGAUACAAGAGCAAGAGGUUGAAAAAAGUAAAGCAUAGUCACUCAAUUUAUGUAGGUUGGUUUCCAUUGGUCUUGUAGAUAUUAGACUUUAUUCGUUGUUAUACAUAAUUAUAAUUUAUUUUAAACUGUUGAGAGAACCAUUAUAAUUUCAUUAAUACUUUCUAAUAUGUGGUUUUUUAUCUGUUUAUUUAAAGUACAUUGUAUGUAUGUAACUUAUGCAAACGUAAUUCACCGGUACCUAAGGCAACGGCACAUUUUUAUGAUCACCAGAAUUGUAAAUGAGUACGUUUAAGAAAAUGGGUGUUGAUCAUGUGCGAAGUAUAUUCCUUUACGUUAUUUUCAACAUUAAUUACACCCGUCUAACCUAAUACUUGAUAAAUUUGUUAUAUUUUAACACGUUAAAUUCUCAAUUCUUUAGGUUUGCGCAAUUUCCUGCAGCUGAUUAAAUUAUGAUAGCUUGGAUAACUCGAUUUUUAUAUAAUGAUUAUAAAAGUCACCAAUCUUAUUCUCUAUCACUCCAAUAAACUACAUACCGAUUGUGCCAAUAAAAUACAUAAUCAAAUUUGAGCAAUCGCUGAAAAAUGUGUACUGAUCUCUAUAAAUGAAUAAUUCGACUGUAAAAUUCUGAUCUACAGGAUGCAUAUUCACAAUGAAACAAAAAUAUUCUUCAUAGAAUACUGAUCAUAAUUCACAAACAUUGAGAGAUGUUCCUAAUUCAAUAAUUUAUGAACCCUAUUCUGCGGGCAAGUAUUAAUACUGAAAAUUUUCAUGCCAAUACUAAAAAUACGUUCAGAUGGAAAUUCGAAGCGGCUGUUUAUUCUAUAGUUUUGAAGUUAAUAAAGUCAUUGCUGCGUGUAUAAUAAAUACUAUAUACGCUCACAGAAUAGGCCUGAUAGUUAACAACAAAUACGACAUGCAAAUUAAAAAUAUAGAGAAAAAACAUGUUUGUCUGUAGUUAAUUUAAUUCAAUCAAGAUUUCAUUUUACACUAUGCGACGGAUACCGAUUUUUUCCCAAUUUAAUGAACAAUAAACGAGAAAUGUACUAGAAGUGAAUAAAAACUGAAUUUGACAGUCGAAAUUAAGCGCAGAGUAAUAUUGCAGAAUAAAUAAUUUUAAAGCGUUCGGCAAUUUACAAAAAUCUUACAGCCUGCUUGAAUUUGUUAUUGUCCUAAUUGUAUAAUUCAUGAAAGAGUUUUAUAUUAAGUUUCUUGCUCUGUAGUUUCUGGAGUUUGAAUCUUGGUCAAACGUUUGGCACCUCUGUUUGGCGGACCUUUGGGUUUGGCAAACUUAGGUCGGUGCAAAUUGACUUUCGGAUGUAAUUCCUCUUGCAAAAAUUCCAUGGUUAGUUCCUUUCCGUCAUCAAUCUCAAGCUACAGAUCGAAAAAUUUUGCAUAUACAGAAUUAAAUUUCUACAAUUUUCAAUCACAAGAAAUAGAGAUACUCCGACAUUUCAAGCUCAAAUUAUCAUCCAAAUGUUGAAACGAUUGGACAUAAAUGAUGUACAAUAAAAAAUGAGGGUAUACCAAUGUCAGGCCUAUACUGUAAGCUUAUAAAAUAUAAGUACUAAAUAUUAAACGCUAUUACGUACCCGUACGAUGAUGUUAUCACCCUGGCACUCAUUCCCACCUAUUGAAUUUUAUUCCUCUAUUUUCAUUUGUAAUAUACGUAAAUAGCAAAAUAAAAUGAAUGAAAGAACUGUGGAUGAUAGUAAGAUAUUGACGAAAGUAAGAAAUAUUCUUUUUAAAUUGUAUAAUUGUGUUUAUUAUUCAUAAUAUAUUUAAUAUUGGCAAGAAUAUACAAUUUAUUUGUUCAUAAGAAGGAACCUAUAAUGUUUUUAACAAAAUUUUCUUUAUAAAUAAUCAAUUAAUACAGAGAACGCAUCUUACAGAAUAGGCCUGGCCUGGAACAGUGGUACUUAUAAACGUAAUUUGCGCCUGGGCGAACGUGUGCGUUUUCCCCUUAUGCAUAUAUCAGAACACAAUUUUGAAUUUUGAGCGUCAUAUAGAAAACCAUUGGGCCCAAAAAAAUUUUGAUAUAGUUCUAUCGUACCAAACUUAGACGAUCACGUUUUUUCCAAAAAAGCAGACAAUGUAAAUUUGUGAUAUGAUUAAUACCAUAAAUCAUUUUUGUUAUUCAUAUUUAUAUAGUUUACUACAGAGAUAAAAAAAAAAAAAUGCAAGAUAAUAUCAUAUUCGGAAAUUCAGUGAAUUCAAUCAAUCGCCAUUGUAUUUCUACAUGGAGCGUUAACACCCUGGUAUAUACUUG